CCGGGCUAUAUGGCUUUAUGCAAUAACAGUACUGGCGGGAAACCCAACUCUUGUGAUCCAUCCUUCUCCAUCUCCUGUCAGAGUCUUCUUCAGAGAGAUGGCGAACAAGCUCAUUAGCCAAAUGGGUCUUCCCAAGUCAAUAUCCAAUAUAUUCGUCGCUCGUAAUAUCCUCACCGCCAAGGUUCGUCUCCCCCUUCUGAUUUUCUACUCGUGCCUUCGCUCGCUUGUCUACUAUGCCUUUCUUCAUUAGAAGUUCUCGAUUCAGUGGAAGUUUCGGGGUUUUUUUCGUUGACUGAAAUUUACACUAUGCGCAAUUUGAUCGGCAUUUUAAUGCCUUUUUCCAGGAUGCACUUUCGUUAACUGAAUUCGAAUUGAUGGAUUUGUUAGACCUUAAUCUGUCCGAGGUGAUAUCUGCAAUUGGACACAUCAGUGAAAUUGCUUGUCCUCCAUAUCAAACUGCUCUUUCUCUUCUGGAACUUCGUACAGAAAAUGAGAGCUUUGCCGGCCACCUUCCAACUCGUUUGAGAGGAUUAGACGCAGCCAUGUGCGGUGGAAUUCCAUUUGGUGUUGUUACAGAAGUUGUGGGCCCGGCUGGGAUAGGCAAAACCCAGUUUUGCCUCAAGCUCUCGUUACUUGCUGCACUUCCUUUAUCAUAUGGAGGUUUAGAUGGUCACGUUUUAUUCAUUGAUACUGAAUCCAAAUUCAGUUCUAAAAGGAUGAUAGAAAUUGGAGUGAAUAGCUUCCCAGAAGUAUUUCACAAGGAAAACAUGGCACAAGAGAUGGCAGGGCGGAUCAUAGUUCUCAGACCAACAUCGCUUACUGACUUUACAGAGAGAUUAGAACAAAUUAGAGAUUCUCUUUUCCAGCAUAAUGUGAAGUUGCUAGUUGUUGAUAGCCUGGCAGCUCUUCUUUCAGGGGAAGACUUUCACCGGACUCACAGACAACACUCAUUGGGCUGGCACAUAUCAUUUCUUAAAUCACUUGCUGAGUUUUCACGAAUACCUGUAGUAGUCACCAACCAAGUGAGAUCACAAAAUCGCGAAGAAACUUCCCAGUUUCAUUUCCAAGCGCAGGAGACGACUGCCAACCCUGAAAAUCCCACCAAAUUUGAUCACCAUUUAGUUGCUGCACUUGGAAUCCAUUGGGCUCAUGCUGUCACAACUCGGCUUGUAUUCGAAUCUCGAUCAGGUCAAAGGUAUAUAAAAGUAGCCAAAUCUUCAAUAUCCCCACCAAUUGCUUUUCCGUUCAACAUAACUUCGUGUGGUAUUUCAUUACUAGACGAUGAUGGUGUGGAAAUGACUGGGCCAGAAAUCAAUACCAUCAAUUAUCAAGGCCAUAGCUGUCUGAAUGCAUAGAUAUUACUAGAAUUGAAUCUCUUCAGGAAUUGAUCAAAAUUCUCUUCCAUAUCACGGUAAAAUGGCCCAAGUGGCUCCUCAUUUUCUCAUUGGGCAAUUCAUUUGGUACAAAGUUAAGACUUUUUAUGGUCCCACUUGUUUGAUUCUUGUAUUUCUCAUUUGCUGAAUUGUUCAAAGGAAUUCACAUGAAAAGGAACUUCAUUGUUAACAUAUUCUCAUUAGAGUAAUAUGGAGUGCAUGGUAUUAGCAAAGGAACUGCAUGUAUGAACCUGGCAAGACAUGAAAAGGCCUGCCCCCUUUUUUUUUUUUUUUAACUUGGCAAUACCCAACAUGCUGGCCAGAAAAUGAGGAGUAAUGGGGGCGGUUAAGAUGCACUUAUUGAAUGUUUAUCUCUAUUAAGCAUGUGGCUGGCAAUAUAUAAGUUGCACUACCAAGAUUGAGAAUACAUAUUAAUGAUAUGAUGGAGCUUCAAUUAGAGAGGUAAAAAUCAUGACUUGAAUAUUCUCAUAUUGAAGGAAAAGUCAUGUGCAAGGUAUGUCCAUUUCUUCCACACCAUCAUCAAACAGAGGUUGUCUCCGCCUAAUAAAAAUUGCUGUCUUUUAUAAAUAUGUAUCUAUGAUGUGCAUGCUACUAGUGGUUCAUUUAAAAUAGAAGACAUGCUGAGACAAACUAAAUAUGAUAGACUUCUAGUGUUUGAAUAGAGGGGAAACUGUUCUGCA